AUGUCCUCGUUGCUCAGCUUACGCGCAUCUGCUGCAUAUACCACACAUGAUCUUACCGGAGUAUGUAUAAACCUUCAGGUCAACAAUGUGACUAUCAAAGUUCAUGAAAACCAAAUUUCCAAGUUUGCUUACCUGUAUGAAUUGGUCAAGAAGGCGCGGCUCGCCAACCCUCAGGGUGAUACCCUUACUAUAUGUGUGCAGGGUGGCAACGAGCUUGUACCCGAUUUUCUCAAUACUUUCAAGAUAUUAAACACUUCUCCAAUUGACAAGUCCGACAAUUUUGGUACCGAUAUUCUUGUCUCCGCAGCUCGGAUCGCAGAUGCGUACAAACACCCAGCCCUACGCACGUUCUGCAUCAAAAGAUUAGAGGGGCUAUCCAUGAACUCUAUGGAACGGCUCCGGAUUGGACGCGCGCUUGAUCUCAAGUCGUGGAAAGAGCGUGCAUAUGAAGAAUUAAUCGAACAGGACGAGAUCAUUACUAAAGCAGAUGCGCUAACGUUGAGGGUCGAUGCAUACUGGAAAAUUACAAGCGAAAGAGAGGCUCGAUCCAGAGAGGUUUUGGAACGUUACAAACGGGUACUCUUUGUUUCCUCCUCGAAUAAUCCAUCUCAUACUGCACCAAGCUCCUUGAAGACCACGUCUUUGUUACCUGAGUCACGUACGUCCUCCACCGUGCACGAUCUUAUUGGCGCAUGCAUAAACCUUCAGGUCAAUACCAUAGUGAUCAAAACGCAUGAAUACCAAAUCUCCAAUUUUGCUUACAUGCAUGAUCUCGUCAAGAAUACACGGCUAGUCAAUGCUCAAAUCAACCCACUUACUAUUUGUGUAACUGGUGGCAAUGAGCUCGUAUCGGAUUUCCUCAAUACUUUCAAGAUAUUAAACACUUCUUCGAUCGACCAGCCUGACAAUUUUGAUGCCGAUACUCUCGUUUCUGCGGCUCGCGUAUCAGCUUCUUAUAAAUACCCAGCUUUGCGAGCGUUCUGUAUUGAAAGGCUUGAGGGACUACGCCCGAGCUCGAUGGAACGACUCCGGAUUGGACGCGCACUUGAUCUCAAGUCGUGGGAGGAGCGGGCAUGUCAAGAGCUAGUUAAACGCGAAGAAAUUAUUACGAAAGAAGAGGCGCUACAGCUGAAGAUUGAUGCGUAUUGGCAAAUCACAAGCGAAAGGGAGACACGAAUCAGACAGAAGCUGAGGAAUAUGGCACAAUGCUUUGCUAUAUCAAGUUUGUUUUAG